UCAUCAUUUUUAUUUAAAAAUCCUUUUCCAAGAUAUGGCUUAUGAACCUUCUUUUCUCUUGUCAUACCUUUACCUCUUUUGGGCUUCUUUGCUUGCUAUUGUUAUUCCCUUUACGAUUAUCAAAGUCAUAAGAUCUCACUUAAUUGAAAAGUCCAAAAAUUCCACACUACCUCCAGGUCCCAAACCAUGGCCUAUUGCUGGUAAUCUUCCUGAGAUGCUUGCAAACAAGCCUGCAUCUCGGUGGAUACACAAUCUGAUGGAAGAAAUGAACACUGGAAUCGCAUGUAUCCGUUUGGGUAAUGUCCAUGUUAUCCCCGUGACUUGCCCCACCAUUGCCCGUGAAUUCUUGAAAAAACAUGAUGCUGCUUUUCUAUCAAGACCAAGAAGCAUGGCCACUGAUAUUGUCACUAGUGGUUAUCUCACAACAGCUCUUACACCCUUUGGUGAACAGUGGAAGAAAAUGAAGAAAAUAAUGGUCACAAAUUUGCUUUCCCCUCUCAAGCAUCAAUGGCUUCAAGGGAAAAGGAAUGAAGAAGCUGAUAACCUCAUGUUCUACAUCUACAACAAAUGUUGCAAAGAUGUGAACCAUGACAAUCAUGGCGUUGUGAAUGUUAGGACUGCUGCUACACAUUAUUGUGCUAAUGUGUUCAGGAAAUUGAUUUUUAACACAAGGUACUUUGGAAAGGUGAUGGAGGAUGGAGGGCCUGGGUUUGAGGAAGAAGAGCAUGUACAUGCUGCUUUUGUAUUACUCAAGUACAUUUAUGCUUUUUCUGUUUCUGAUUAUUUCCCAUGGUUGGGAGGAUUUGAUUUGGAUGGCCAUAAGAGAAAGUUAGAGAAUGCCAAGAGAGUCAUGGAGAAGUAUCAUGAUCCUAUCAUUCAUGAAAGAAUCAAAGAGUGGAAUGAUGGAUUGAAGACUGUUGAAGAGGACUUGCUGGAUGUGAUGAUCUCGCUCAAAGAUGUGAACAAUAAUCCAUUGUUGACAAUGAAGGAAAUCAAGGCACAAAUAACAGAAUUGAUGAUUGAAAUGGUGGACAAUCCAUCAAAUGCAAUUGAAUGGGCAGUAGCUGAAAUGAUAAAUCAGCCUGAACUUCUCGAAAGAGCCACAAAAGAAUUGGACAGUGUGGUUGGCAAAGAGAGGCUAGUCCAAGAAUCAGACAUUCACAAGCUCAACUUCGUUAAAGCUUGUGCAAGAGAAGCUUUUCGACUUCAUCCCAUUGUGGCUUUCAAUGUUCCACAUGUUUCCAUGAACGACACAAAGGUUGGAAAUUACUUGAUCCCAAAGGGAAGUCAUGUACUACUAAGUAGAAUUGGUCUUGGAAGAAACCCAAAAGUGUGGAGUGACCCACACAAGUUCAAACCAGAAAGGCAUCUCAAGAGUGAUGGGUCUGAUGUUGUUUUGGUGGAGCCAGAUUUGAAGUUCAUAUCAUUUAGCACUGGAAGACGUAGUUGUCCUGGAGUCACACUUGGCACCACAAUGACUAUAAUGCCACUUGCUAGGUUGCUCCAUGGCUUCAGCUGGAGUGCACCUCCCAAUGUAUCAAGCCUAGACCUUACUGUGUCCAAUGGUGGUAUGCUUCUAGCUAAAAAGCCACUUGAAGUUGUAGCAAAACCAAGAUUAGCAGCAAAGCUCUACUCUGGGUGAUUCUGACAAGCCCAUAUAAAUUAAGUAAAAAA